AUGACCUAUCUUGUGUGGUAUCUCUUGCUUCCUCUGGUGGCAUCUUCUUCUGUGCUGCAAUUUCAGGACGAAUCGCCGGAUACGUUCAAAAACCCCCGAGUUGAGUCUUUACCAAAGUUCCGUUACUGGCUGCCCGAUGCAAGUGUCGCGGUUGAAGCGGUUCAACGUGACAUCUCGGACCUCGCCAGCGCGGGGGCAGGCGGCCUGGAAUUCGUUCCUUUCUACUUCUACGGUAACCCUUCAGAUGCUCCGCCUCCUACAGAUUGGAACAAAUUUGGGUUUGGAACACCGGCUUUCAGCAAUCUAUUCGAUGGAGCAUUACAGGCAGCAGCCGACAAUAGUAUUCUCAUGGACUUCAGCAUGGGUGCUAGUGAAGGCCAGGGAACUCCUGCUACUGCUGGAUCUCCGAGGCGGGCCAUGCAUUUAGUUUGUAACAUUCAGCUAGCUUUUCUAGACCAGCCGCUGAUGAUCAUCAUCGUUAGAAUGUACUAUUCUUUUUGA